AGAGUACGUUUCCAGCUUGCGACAAAUGAAGAUGACAAAGAAUGCAGUCAGACAGCGAAUGAGGAGGAGAAUAGCAGAGAAGAAGAUGGAAAACGUAAGCGCAAGCUUGAUUAUAGGGGCCAAACUCAACCCCAAACAAAACGAAGACGUACUAUAGAAUCUAAGAAGAACAGUUUCACUAUUUCAAGGCGAAUGAGAGAAAUUCUCAUGCAAGGCCGCGAGCUUACGGAUGAGCAUAUUUCUCUUGCUCACAACAUACUAAAGAAACAGUUUCCACACAUUGAUGGCCUACAGUCACCGUUACUUGCACAGACGAAUGGUUUUAUCCCAGUCCAGCAUGAGGGCAUCCAGAUACAUCACGUCCCUGAGCGAAGCCAUUGGGUAACUUCUAGUUGCUGUGGCCAACAUAUAUCAGUUUAUGACAGCAAAGAGGCCGGUUUUCAACUUAGUACUUCUCUCAGUCACCAGUUAGCCUUGAUUUAUAGGCUGGCGGUAGAAGAUGAUAGCGAAGACGAUGAUGAUGGAAAUGAUCCCAUCAACUUGUUUGUUCAAAAGCCCUAUGUCCAACAGCAGAGGGGAGGUUCGGAUUGCGGACUGUUUGCCAUUGCAUUUGCUGUGCAUCUUGCUUUUGGAGACAAUUUAUCGACUCUGCAAUUCGACCAGGCACUGAUGAGACGGCACCUUCUCAAAUGCUUUCAGCAGAAAGAAAUGAUGCCUUUUCCGCAGAUGACAAAGACCACGGCUCAUCGUCCCAAGAGACUUCGCGGUGUCAUGAUUGAGCUUUGUCGUUGGUGCUUGAUGCCCGAGACAUUUGCUGCUACAGUGAAGUGCCAGAAAUGCGAUGAUUGGUGUCAUUUGAAAUGUGCUAGACCGAUAUUGCCUACUAGGAGCAAAAAAUGGACCUGUGGUAACUGCAAGUAAAAAUUCUGCAUGCAUACACUAGCUGACACUAUACACAUGUAUAUAGUUCGUGUUUGCGUUCAACGUGCAUUACUGUUUGCAUUGUGUGUAUGAUGAGCCUAGAACUUUGUUUAAACUGUGCUGUACGUAUACAUACGUAUAGUGGGAGGCUGCAGUACAAAUGAGAAACCUGGAAUGCUGUGUUAUGUUCCCUAGAAACGUGGUUAAAUAUAUCAUGAUUUAGGCCCAUUAGUAAAUUCCCUGCUGCAUGGAGGCAUUUUCAAUACCGAAACACCGGCCGUUCUGGGUUUUCCUAGAACAUUCAGAGUGAGCUGCGUUUCCUAGCUCCGAGACCGAUUUCCUAGGAAAUCUGUCCCGCCCGAUACCGAUUUCCUAGAACAUGCAGGGCGUGACGGAUUUCCUAGCUCCGAGACCA